AUGAGCAAUGCCCAGAUCCGGGAGCUCGACCAGGUCCGCCUCGAGCCGGCGCGCCCGAAGGAAUACAGGGACUCGGAUCAAGAGAGCGACCCAACCGAUAUCGACGAGGAUGAGGAGGACCCAGCGUAUGUCAUCGACGCCAUCUGCUGGGCCGAGUACAAGGACUCGACAUUCGAGCGUAGCCGAGGAGCUGUUGGAUGGCACUACUAUGUCAUGUGGCAAGGUUAUCUCAAGACUGGCUCAGACACGAUUGAGCUGCGCAGGUCGUUUGUCGACGACCCAAGCGAUCCAAGCGAGAGAUCGCCGGCUUUGUUAGAGUUCUGGAAGUCCGUUGAGGGCAAGAAGGUGCGGAAGGGCAAGGACGAGCCAGGUGGCAAGAUCGGCGAGAUUCGGUUUGCCUCUGAUGACUUGUUGAAACGCAAGUUCCGCGAGGCCACGCCUGAACGAAGCUUCUCCGCAUAUCAGCGGCGCAUUGCGAAGUUUAAGAACGCUAGAAGCGAUGGCUUCAACCGCGCACUCGUCCGCAAAGGUGACUCCGAUUAUUACAUAAGGAAGAAGCGCGAGGAGCAGAAAGCGGAGAAGAAGAAGGCGGGAAAGGCAAUCACCCAGCCGAUCCCGAAGCGAGAGCGCGCGGAGGAGAUUGUGGCCGGCCCCUCGAGGCGCCGUGGCCAGAGCAGCAGCGACGACGAGCCGUUGGCGAGCAAGCGGCGCAAACGCUCAGACGCCGUCGAGAAGAUGCCACCUCCAGCAACGACGCUGGCUCGCCGCGCACCAACCCAGACAGACGAGUCGCCGGCACCUCGUGUCUCGCGCCAGCGCAGCUUUGACUCGCUGUUCGACGAGGCGUCGCAGCCAAGCAACAGUCAGACACAAGCGGCGACGCCGGGUGUGUCGUCAAGAAAGCGAACGACCAAGCGCCGGCGGGCCGUCGAGUCACCGGUCUCUUCGCCGGUGGAAGAGAAGGUCAAGGCGCCAGACGUUCCGAGGUUCGAGCUCGACACGAGCAUUUUCAGCGCGGCAAAUCCUCUCGCCCCGCCACACCGCAAACAGACACCGUUGUUCGAUUUCGGGGACCAAGCGUCCACUCCGCGAGAGGCGUCGGGGAUAAAGGUGGAGGCGUCUACGCCCGCCGAGACUCUCGAACUGCGCUCUGAUGACCCGGACGAGGAAGAGGAGGAGAUCGAGGUGCAGGAAAUCGAGCCACCACCAGGCCCGAAGCCGAACACGCCUAUCUCGGUCCUCGACAGCGAGGACGAGGUCGCCGCUGAGGUCGCUCCUACCUACGACGACGGGUCGCCGGACCAUCCUGAUACAGCGCUACUGGGCAAUUUCAUCCCGUUCUCCUCUUCACCACCUGUGCCAAUACAGGCUUUACCACCACCACCAACGCAAGCCGCCCGCUUUCCUACUCCACCACCUCAACCCCCACGGCCACAACCGCAGCAGGCCUCGCAGCCUGUCCAAGCCGUGCAGCCGGACAAGCUGGCGAAAAACGUGGACCUCAGCGGGUUGCCCCUGCCUAUCCAUCUGCCCCCCUCACCACCACGAAACUACCGCGCCGUGGGUGCCGACUCAGUGUUUGAGCGGCAAAACGAGACACGCCGUACUGACGCAGCCCGUACUGGGCCGACAGCUGUGCGCGCACCUGCUCCUGCUCCUGCACCUUCGUUUGCCGGUGCUGUCGCUCAUACACCUCCUCCUCCUGCCCCUGCCGUUCCCGCUGCUCCUCGAGCCGCGACCACUGCACCGGUGCCCGCGGCGCAGGCACUCCCAACAAACCCCACCGCGACAGUACCUUUCACCGCGAAACCGUCAACAGGAUCACUGCCACCAGAACCUCCAGCGAAGGCACCAUCGCCAACAAAGCCCAAGAGCCCUUCCUUGUCUAUCACCACCGAGAACGCCGAAGCUGGACCUUCUCGGCCCUCUGCAAACAGUGCCUCGUCCGGGACACCAGUUUCCGGUACACCGGUGUCCGCGUCGGUCCGUCCCAAGCCCAAUAUGCCUGUCAACUUGUCCGACAGGCCGAAGUAUCAGCAGCCGAGCCGGAUCCAACUGAUCGACAUUUCGGUGGACCCUGCCCGCGACAAGUCGCCCCUCCGGGUCCAGCUCCUCCACCCGCGCCGGCGCCUCGUCGGACUUGGACUGCUCAACAUCAACCUCCUCCGCGGCUUCCGACCAACGGGCAGCAGACCUGGACUCCCUCAGCACGGGGCAUUCGGCGAUGUCUCCCCGUACGGCGGUAUCUCUCCGCACGGACUCAGCAAUCGGUCACCGUAUCAAGGCGGUAUUUCGCCCAUGAACGGCGGCAAGUCCCCGAACGCACCUGCGGGCUUUGGCGGCGCAGCUCCCGAUUACCCCGGUCCAAGUAAACGACCAGGUUCCUCGUUCGGUCCUCGCCCAACAUAUCGCGCAGGGUCAUUAUCUGGACCAUCACUACAGCAGCCACAACAGUUGCAACAAGAGCAGUGGAGUCCCCCGAACCCGCUCCCAGCGGCACCCGGACGCGGGUCAUACGAGGCUAGACGGGACCCUCGACUUCGUCGCGCGGCAGCUGUGCCAUCCACAACCCCUCCCCAGCCCACCACAACCCCUCCCGCUCCACAACCAUCCGCGAACCCUCCACAGCCAUCCGCGGCCCCUCCACCUCUCCCACCAGCCACAUCUUCUAUCCAGGAGCAGCCGGCUCUCGCCGCCACACGCGUGCUGUGCACGUUUCACGCUGCCCACGCCAAUGCUCAUCCAGACGCGUACACCAAAGGCCUAGUCGACAUUACCCUACGCAGUGGUUGGUCAUCCGAGAAGUCGUCCUUUUUGGAGAAGCACAUCAACACCCAGCAUACUUAUCUGUUCGAGGAGGUCGACCGGCGUUGUUUGCAACUGUUGUUGAUUGAGGGCGCACGAAUCAUCGAAUGGGCGUUGGUCGAGGUGCCACGGCAACCGUCAGAGAUCUGGCAAAGCCUACAGAGGAAGAUGGAGCGAAGGAAUAUAUUGGUUUUUUUGGACGAGGUGCGGGCGCCCAAUCUCCUAGUAACGUCCCGCAACAUCCUCUUGAUGUCACGCGCGGACCAGUCGAGGAUCGGCGUUGACGCCGACCUCAACGGAUGGAAGAUGGAACAGCUCACCUAUGUCGCUUUCCUCGUCAAGGUGCCCCUGGUGCCGAACGAGAAGGUUGCGGACUUGCCUAACCCCGUGCGGCCGUUUGCCCAGAAAGAGCAGCCGCCUGCUCUAGCAAUCCCCCGUCGUCUACACAGUAUCGCUUCCAGCUUUGGCUUCGACGACGACACGGCAUCCCAGCUAGGGCAGGAGAAGACGCUGAGCGUCGUCCCUAAUUAUUUUCGCCCCACUGUGCUGUACCACGAAAUCGUUGCCACCGCCGAACGGUGUGGUCUAAAGCCGAAUAAUGAGGACCCCGAGACGAUCCUCGUGCUCAAUGGCGCAUUCUCCCAAACGACCACGAGUAAAAGGUUCCGACGAACUCUCACCAAGGAAACGCGCUACAUGUCCAUUGGCGCGGACCUCACUUCGAUAAUCUCGCGCUGGCAGCUGCGGCCAAUCUGGGAGACGGGCGGGCUGGUGACGUUUUCACCCACCUUCUUCCUCCUACAGCAUCGCUCCCUUGGCGAGAUAAUGAACGUAAUCCGCAGCGCGCCCAACUGGGCCGCAUACAUCACUCCAACCACCCUACUCUACGUCAACGACAUGAUUGAGAAGAAGAAAUCACCCGAUCCCGCUCGCUCCUUCGUCGCACUCACACAGGCGCUCUCCUUGGACGACAAUCAACGCCGAAUCGCUGGCGAGAUGUCAACCGAGACGAGUAGCCUUGUCGUAUCGGCAGCACCACCGAUGCUGGUGCUCAGGCAGCCGUGCGAGCUGUGGAUCGACUGGCUUGGAAAGAUUUUUGAGUGUACCGACUACGCGACGCUGCUGAAGCUCUGCCGUCAAUGGGCGCGCGUGUGCAACCACGCCGAGUCGGGCCUCGCCUUGCUGGACACCGAGAAGAUCAGUAUUGCCGACCUCAUCAAAAUGCGCAACCUGCCGCACAUCGUCCCCUAUCGCCGGUGUAUCUACGUGGGAAGCAUCAAAGAUGAGCAGAGCCGCGAGGCGACAGCAAACGGCAUCGACGUGAUCUCACCCGACGCGUUCUUUUCGACCUUUAUGGACUCCAAGUAA